AUGGCUUCUCUCAGGCUCAUAAAUGGACACGACUCUUGUUCUGGAAGAGUGGAGGUUCUUUAUAAUGGAAUAUGGGGAACAGUGUGUGAUGAUGGCUGGGAUCUAACAGAUGCUGCAGCAGUGUGUAGAGAGAUGGGCUGUUGGGAUGUGAUCGAGGCCAAGAGCGCUGCUCAUUUCGGUCAGGGAUCAGGGCCUGUAUGGAUAAGUGAUUUGCAAUGUUCUGACACUGACUCAAGACUAAGAGAUUGUAAAUCAAGUGGAUGGGGAAGAGGCAGCUGUGGACAUGAGAAAGAUGCAGGAGUCAUCUGUAAGGAUAAUGUUAGGCUGGUCAGCAGCACCAACCCCUGUUAUGGACGAGUAGAGGUUCUUCGUGCCGGUCAGUGGGGAACAGUGUGUGAUGAUGGAUGGGAUGCAUCAGAUGCUGCAGUGGUGUGUAAACAACUAGGCUGUGGGACAGUUUUGGAAGUAAAGAGUGCUGCCUAUUUUGGAAUGGGUUCAGGAAAGGUUUGGAUGAAUAAUGUAAACUGUUUUGGGAAUGAGCCUACUUUGAUGAGCUGUUCAUAUAAUGCAACUCCAAACAUAUGUGGCCAUGAGAAAGAUGCCGGAAUCAUUUGUGGAUCUGUUAAAGUCAUGUUGAGGGUUGAAGUGAAAUGCUAA